ACUGCUGGUUUUACGGGAAUUCGUUCAGUAAAUUAAAUGAAGUUAAAUUAAGAUUGAGACUAACUGAACGAGAGAAACGGGACCUGUACUACAGAGAGAGAAACUGAGCCAGCAGGUCAUGACAGAAAAAUAGUAGAAAUAUCAAUUGCAUCACCCAAAAUGAAAGCAGAGGACAAACUUCAGAUUUUGAAAUUUGUUUUCUCUCUUUUCAACACAUUGUUUGUUAUUGUAGGUCUCAGCAUUUUUGGAUGUGCUGUAUGGAUUUUGUUUGAUGCAACCAAUUUCAUACAUGUAGUCAACUCUGGGGAACAUCUCCUGAUUGUGGCUGUAGGACUAUUUGUCAUUGGACUGGUUGUAGUCAUUGUAUCCCUGAUUGGUUGUACAGGGGUACAUUUAGAGAACAGAUGCUGUAUUGCAUUUUACAUGGGAUUCUUAGUUGCAGUUGCUCUUGGUCAGCUAUUUGUCACAUUUAUUUUGUUGUUUUACAGAAACAAGAUUGAUGAGCACCUAACUGAAACGGUUGAGGUCAUCAUCACUGAGUAUGGAAGCAAUAAAACACAGACCUCAUGGGAUCUUCUAGACAGCCUGCAACACACUGGUAAAUGCUGUGGUAUGAACAGUCCCUCUGACUGGCAGAUGAAUAAAUAUAUUCAGUCUCUGAAUAAGACAGAGGACAUGUAUCCUCGUUCCUGCUUUAACACCACCUGCCCGGGAAGCGAGAGCGAUCUCUUUUGGAAUUGCACAGAGAUCUAUACUGCGGGUUGUAAAGUGGCACUGAGUACUUGGCUAAAUGAGAAUGUGCUGGUGAUGGUUGGUAUGGACAUCGGACUGCUCCUCAUAGAGGUUCUUCAGUGUGUUCUGGGAAUAUACACCUUCCGGAGUAUCGGCCAAAAAAGUAAGGAGCAACUGUCCAAGAACCUGCUGAACUCUAUGGAAACUGAUCAGCAGUAUGACAGCAGUAAUGACCCAAAUUAUGACUUGGGUUAUGAUCCACAUCAUAAUAAUCCUAUGGAAAUUUAUGAUCAGAGUUAUGGUCAGGAUGACCAUGAGGGAGAUAGUCAGCACUACAGUCAAAAUCACAAUCAGAGCAACUUUCAGCAAUAUGACCCGGGUCAGAAUUACAGUCAAAAUUACAAUCAGAACAACUUUCAGCAAUAUGACCCGAGUCAGAAUUACAGUCAAAAUUACAAUCAGAACAACUUUCAGUAAUAUGACCCGAGUAAUGCUCCUAUUUAUGAGCAGCUGACUGAUCAGAAUAGCUAUUAAGGAACUCUUCAGAAUAACAAUUGUAGUAAUGUUCAGAAUUAUGAUGGAAGGUACAAUUAUGAUUUUUAAUAGUGCCACACCCUUGUAAUCACACACAUGCAUGUUUCUGUAGCACGCUAUAAUCCAUAGAGUUACACAACCACAUAUUCACAGCUAGCUGUAACUGCUUCUCUGUCAUCAUGCUCUCGGGUUUACACAUCUUAUACUUUAGUCACACUACCAUACUUAUUGCAAGAGAUGCCUGUACCACAUAAAUAUGAACAAUUCCAUUAUUAAUGGGUAGAAUGAUAAAACACGUAACAUAUCUGAUAACACAUCUUAAAUAAUUGUUAUUAUCUUAAAUAACUGCUAAUUCAUCUAAUGCAAGGUGGUGUGGUCUUCAUCCAGUAUCUGAAUUCAUUGUCCAGUGAGCUACUUUAAAAUGGAAUUACACAAAUUUUCUCUUGAUGUUAUUUAUUUUCAAUUAGACUUUUAUAAAAUUUGAUCGCUGGUAAGCACUAUACAAAUGAUGCUACACCAUAGACAAAAACAAACCCUAAAACAGUCAGUGUAUUUUAAAUGAAAGCAUAGAUUACUAUCAGUUGCUGUCAAGUAAAUGUAUUUAUGAAGUCGCCAAUUCGCCCAAAUGAAAAAACACAUUGUGAAGCAUUUAGUGAUUAAGUAUGCUAACAGAUUUGCUAUAUGUAGGGAAAGAAAUUAUAAGAUCAGUGACUAUUGUUUUGGCUGUUAUGUAGUUGGAAGGUCUUUCUUUUUGCUUUGUUUUGUUUUACAAACAUAGUUAAAAGGUUUUCUAUUUAAUGAACAAACGGACCAUAUCAAAUGUUAAUGCCUUUAUUUCUCAUUGUGAAAAUGCAUUACAUUUCACAAAGAUUGUUAAAUAUCCACAAUAGAAAUAUGAAUUACAAAACUUUGAAACUUACCAAUAAAAAUGACUGUAUA